GUACUUUCCCCCGCGUGUCCUCGAUGUAACAUCCCAUCUAUAAUCGGCUAAUCCUCCUAGGUUUAGCUUCGUUACUCGAAGAAAAAUGCAUCGCGAAUUUAGGCAGCAAGCAUGUUGCUGUGCCGCAAGGCACCACGGCACAGCAAACGAACGGUCCGCCAGCAAUUGAAGUCGUGGAACUUGAAGGAAGGAAGAAGGAAAUUUCGCUUGGCGUUGGCUUUGCCGCAGGGUAAAAAAUCACAAACUUGAACUAUUUAAAACGAAACGAUAUCCCUCUUUAUCCCAAUUUUCUUGGCGAGUUCUCUCAGAAUUCGACAACGUCAAAGUCACAUUUCACUGCCACGAAGAGGUCACUAUCACAAGCAGAGGAGAACAACAUUGAAUACAACACCACUCUUUCUAUUUGACCUCAACCAUGCGUCUGCUUAAACUCAUCUCCCUCACAACGGCUAUUGCGCCAACAGCCUUCGCCCAACUCUGGUUCGGCACCAACCUCCCGACGUCAACCGCCGCAGACGAAUACCUCUCCCAACACGUGAAAUCCGUCCCGAGCACCAUCACAGGCGCCGUAGCAACCUCCCUCGCGACCGCCCUGUACAGCGUUGACCAAAAGUACUUCAACGACAAGGAGUGGACGACCGUCUACUCCCACAUGUGGUCCGCCGCCGCCAAGGCCACCGACGCGCCCGAUGUCGUUGCCUCGAUGGCAGUCAACGGGUAUAGCCUGGACACUCAGCAGGAAGCCAAGUGGUGGAAGGAUAACGUGCCGGACAAGGACGACAAGUGGGUUUCGUCGUAUGUUUCGGAUUGGCAGAAGGCGUGGCAGGAUAAUACGGCGGCGACGAAGACUUCAAAGGGCGGUGCUGGUGUGGCGAGGUGUACUGGGAUGGCUAUGGCUGGUGUUGCUGCUGGUGUGGCUGCUGGGGUUAUGGUCGCGAUGUAAGGUUAAGAGCGCAGUCAGUUGUCCGAGUUCUUGGCUUUGUCCUCGAGAUUGCGCUGUCUGUGAUGUAUGGUCAGCGAGAUGGGGUUCGGGAAUGAACAGCGAGUCAUCUUACCUUUCUUCAUGUUUCUCAAUGAAGCAAUCAAUUUCGUCCAGACGUUUCUUCAUCUUCUUCAUGUGGAUAUCCCUCCUAGUUUUUGCUCCCCAAGACUCCGAAGUCUCUACUUCAAGCAGAACCUCCAAU